AAAUCGGACCAAACGGACCAAACCGAACCAUGCUUACACUAGUUUGAGCAGUUUCAAAACUGCGCCUGCGGAAAGGGCAGCGUUUCAGACACUUGCGGCGAGCGAAGAACUGGGGAAGGGUCACGGUCGAAAAUCGGGCGCUGGAAACGAGCUCGCCGGCUACUGUGAGAGAGAGAGAUGGCCGGAAGAAACCAUCUCCAACCGAAUGCCUUGAAAAGGGUUCCCCUCCCUCCACACCCUGCCCUAAUCGAAGACCCUCGACUGGUCCACCGCGUCCCACUCGCUCAGCCGGUCGCCGUCGGACGGCCCCACCCCGCCAUCAUUGAAGAGCGCAUCGCUGCCGGGCACCGCGAGAUCCAAUCGCUCCUUAUCGACAAUCAACGACUUGCCGCCACUCACGUGGCGCUCAAGCAAGAACUCGCCGUCGCUCAGCAGGACCUUCGCCACUUAUCGGCGGCGGCGGCCAACGUUAAGGUCGAGAGGGAUGCGGAGGUGCGGGAUGUCUACGAGAAAUCGCUCAGGAUGGAGUCCGAAGUCCGUUCAAUCGACGCUCUCGGUGCGGAACUGGCUCAGGUCAAGAUGGAUGUGCAGAAAUUAACGGCUACAAAGAAAGAGCUCACUGCACAAUUGCAGGCGAUCGAUGGUGAUCUUGCAAGGGCCCGCGCCGACGUGCAGCAAUUGCCGGCGAUAAAGGCAGAGAUCGAGAACAUGCACCAAGAGCUUCAAAGAGGGAGAGCUGCAAUUGAAUAUGAGAAAAAGACCCAUGCUAAUAACCUUGAGCAAAGUCAGGCAAUGAAGAAAAAUAUGAUUUCCAUGGCUCGUGAAAUUGAGAAACUACGUGCUGAGCUUGCAAAUGCCGAGAAGAGAGCAAGGGCAGCAGUGGCAGCUGCGGCAGCAAACCCAAGUAGUGGAUAUGCUGCGAGCUAUGGAAAUCCUGAUAUGGGAUAUGGAGGAAGUCCAUAUCCUGAUCCUUAUGGCAUGUAUCAGGUUCAAGGUGGCGGAGGUAGCAGUGGCGAUGGUGGUCCUUAUGGGUCUGGAACAGUGACACGCGGCCAUUAUGACGUGCAGCGAACUCAUGUGCAUAGAUAAGACUACCGGGUUCUGGUAUUAAGAAUUCAAACUUCAUUUCAAUAUUUUCGUUUUGGAAGCUUGGGAUGACAACCCCAGUUUGUUCAGCAAUACUGAUACCUAAAAAGAUCAAGCGUUGGGAAGAAUAUUAUUAUCGAUAGAAAUUUGAAAUGCCAAAAAUUUUCAUCGCCAUAUAUGGGCUAGUUAUGCGCAUCAGCUGUUACUGUAUCCCGGAGUUCAAAUCUAGUUCUAAAAUUUGCUCUAGUUCUCUUCCCUCGACAUACACAUCUUGGUGGAAAUUAUUUAGUCUUGCUUUUGUUUAUAUUUAUGAAUGGUGGGAGGAGUUAAAAACAUGCUUUUGGGCACUGUAUUUGAAGCAAAUCUGUCAAUUUUCGUGCGCUA